AUGGAAGAUUAUCCUAAUAACCAAAUGCAACCGGAAGAAGCACGGCAAUCUCUACCAGAACCCUCCAGCAAUGCCGUGCCUACUCCGCUUGAAAGCAACAGCGAUUUCUACAAUACACCGUUGACUGGCCAGACCCCUGUUUAUCCUGCAGUAAAUACAGCUUCAGGGCCGGAUGAACAGAUCGAAACACCUCAUGGCCCUGCACCUGCAAUCCCUGGCUUGUCUAUUCAGGACAAUGCCGUCGCAACGAAACCGCUUGAAGAAGAUGACACUCGAAAUAAACCCGAACUUCUAGCCGAGACCCAGAGCACAGAGAAUGUACAGAACGCACACGAUUCUAUGAAUACAACAAGCGGCGCUAUCCAGGCAGCGCAAGUCAUGAAGACCGCCACAGGCACUGAAACCACUGACACAAUGGAGACCGAAGAAACAACAGUAGAUCAGCCUAUGACGACAGAAGAAGAACAUCCGGAAUGGGAGGUGGACUCUUCACCAUAUGAAUCCUCAUCAGAAAGUUCGUCAGAUUCUUCAGAUGAUAGCGACGAAGACGAGGAGGAUUACCCUAUCUUGUCGGCAGAGGAAACCGCCCGGAUUCUCAUGCAGGCAGAAGGUGGCUCAGAUGAUGAAGGUGAUGCAAAGAUGGGUGGUGGAUCUCAUAUACGGACAGCAAACGAACAAGCUGAGGUCGCUCCUCCGAUUCCUGACAUUACGGUGACUCCAGAUAUGAAGAUUGUGCCGCUCGGUUAUUUAGAGACCCUCGUUGAGAACAUUAUACUUAUCAAAGCUACUGUGUCCGGAGACUACCAGGUUCUUGAAAGCAACUCACUUUUGUGUCUUGAGGAUAGAACUGUCAUUGGUGUGGUAGCGGACACGCUGGGACGUGUUGAAGAACCUUUGUAUACGGUCAGAUACCAAGACCCGGCAAAGAUCCAGGAGCUUGGCCUUGCGCCAGGAAAGCAAAUCUACUAUGUCGAGAGCCACUCCGAAUAUGUGUUCACCCAGCCCUUGAAGGGCAUGAAGGGCAGCGACGCUUCUAAUUUCCAUGAUGAGGAAGUCGCAGAAGAUGAAAUUGAAUUUUCAGACGAUGAAGCAGAGGCCGAAUAUAAACGAAGAUUGAAGCAGAAGAAGAAAGAAAAGAGGGACGGUGCACUUGGUGGGAAGCAGAGAAAGGAAAUUCCUGGACCUUCGCCACUUGGCAGAGCUGAGUUGAAUUACGAUGAUGAUGAGGAUCGAGCAGUCCACGAUGGCUACACUCCGCUUGCUCGUCCCAAGAACUACCACGAGAUGAUGGGCCAUCAAGAAGCGCACAUGGAGGCAUCCCCCGCCGCCAACAAUAGAGGCAACUUUCGAGGCAGGGGACGAGGCCGAGGUGGCUUUGAUAGAGGGUCUGGACGUGGCCGAGGCGGUGAUAAUCGUGGAAGAGGCAACCACCACAAUGGUCGUCGACCGGACACGUCCCAAUAUCAGAAUUUCUCAGCACCGCCACAGGCUGCUUUUCCUGCUCAACAAUAUGCUCAGUACCCUUCAUACCCACAACAAGCACAGCAGCAAGUUCAGCCUCAGUUCCCCCAUUUUGGACAAGCACAAGCAGCAGGCAUGCCGCAGUUUCCAUUCCAGAUGCCAUUCCAACAGAACCCAUAUCCAAAUUUGCCGGUAGGAGCUCAUAUUAACCCAGCAUUUUUCGCUGCACUGCAACAACAUCAGCAACCACCACCGCCAACACAGCCUGUCGCCGCGAUGGCAGCACAGCCUCAGCCCGGCUCGUACAACCAAACGGCGUUCAGUCAAGUGCAAGCGCAAUUGGAUAUCUUACGGCAGUUAGCGGGCAAUGGGAGUGUCCCGCCCCGAUGA